CGCCUAGAAAUGCUUAUUCAAUUUGAAUUUGAUGAAUAAACACUUUUAAUAUAUAAAUAAUAAAUUUAUAUUAAAUUAAAAUUUAAUCGAAUGAUUAUUUUCGGAGUGGGCAAUUACAAACUGCCUAAUAGGGCCCAAAUUUGUCGAUCCCAAAAUGUAGCCCAUUAAAACUUCCCAAAGACAGUGGCCUUUUGUGAAAGUAUCCACAAAUAAGAAAGAUACCAAAAAUGAAGGGAAAUUAUUGGAAGAGCCAGUACACAAAAAGUCCACUCCAAAGACAGACGACAUAUUUUGACCCCCUUGACCUCCUCCUCCUCCUCCUACCUCAUUUCCUUUCCGGCUGGCGGGGAGAGUCGGAGAUCAUCCGCCGCCCAGAUCCACCAUCAAAUCCGGCCAAAAUGGACUUUCACCGAGGCCCCGGUGGAUCUCCUUCCUCAUCCACCUCCUCCGUUGACAUCAACCCCAACAAUUCUACUUCCUAUCAUCAUCACCAUCACCACCAACAAAAUGGUGGUGGUUCCCGUCACAACGCCACCACCCCAAAUCACAACAACAACCACGCUGACCCAAUGCAUUCUUGGUGGGAAUCCAUCUCCAAAGCCCGUACCCGAAUCCAUCUCCUAUCUACCCUCCUUCCCGAAACAUCUUCCGUUCUUACCUCCCUUGCCGACUCCGACCGCCCCGCCCGCUCCCUUCUCCUCUCAUCCGCCGCCUAUUCAGCGGUUUCCUCCUCUCUUUCCUCCCCAAAUUCCGGGUCCGGUGAUGACCCUUUUUGCCAGUGGCUUUACGAAACCUUCCUUUCGGGGGACCCUGACCUCCGCCUUGUUGUUCUCUCUUACAUCCCUCUCCUCUCCUCCGUUUACCUUUCCCGGAUUCAUUCCUCCUCCUCCACUACCUCCGCCGUCCUCUCCGCCACCCCUUCACUCGCCGGAUUUGAAGCAGUUCUCCUUGUAUUGUACUCUUCCGAAGUCAAGGCUCGUUCCGGGAAGCCCAUAUUGAUUUCUAUACCCGAUCUCUCUCAACCUUCUCUUUACCACAACCCUCGAAACAACAUUCCAAACAAAUCAACCCCUUCCAGCAAAUCUCCUCCUCAACCUCCUCCUCGUCCGGUUCAAGUUGGCGUCUUGUCUCCCCCACUUGAGCCCCAGAUGGCUGUCAAGUCAACUAAGCGGGCCGGCAUCGUCGGCAUUGCCCUGGAUUGUUAUUAUAAACAGAUCUCACAAAUGCCCAGUUGGUCUAAGCUUCAUUUUUGUGAAUUUGCAGCUGAUUGGGCUGCUCAGGAUUGCCCUUGUAAAUCUGAUUUUGACGAUUUUGCAGUCCAGAAACCCGAUAAUUUUGCGGAAAGUAGCAACGGGUCUCCUGAUAAUUUAAGUUGCAAUGAGAUUGAGGAUGUGGCGGAAGGAAUUCAGGAUUUGAGGAUAGAGGGGAGUAAUGAGGAUUUGAGGCCGAACAAGGGGGUGAGGAUUCCCCUUCCAUGGGAGUUGUUACAGCCUAUGCUGAGAAUUUUGGGGCAUUGCUUGUUGGGGCCUUUGAAUUCAGAGGAUGUGAAGGAUGCGGCAUCCGUGGCGGUUCGAUGUUUGUAUGCUAGGGCCUCCCAUGACUUGAACCCGCAGGCAAUUUUGGCUACUAGAAGUUUGGUUCAGCUGGAUAAGAGGGCUCGUGAGGCUGCGGCAGCAGCUUUGGCUGCCGCUGCUGCUUCCAAUGCCAAUACUCCCAGUAAGGCUAAAAAGCAGCCAGAGAUGCUUUUGGUUGCCAAAUAACUCUUGAAGUUUUGAUUUUCAGCUUCCUUUAGAUGUGUGCGAGAUUGAAUGUGUCAUUGUGUAAGUAGAGAUGUAGAUUAUUAUAUAUAUCGUUGUGGUUUCAGUAGCUUGCUAGUCUUUUAACUUGAAACGAAAGUUAUCUACAACAUUGUGUAAUAUUAUUACUUUGAUGUGAACAUUUGAUCUAGUGCCUACAUAUAGUUGGGGUUUGGUUGGUCCAUCUUACUUCUUGCCAGUUAGGUUGUUCUGUCUGUUUAAUAUUGGAAUUUGUUUUUUUUCUUCCAUUUCCAAAAGCCUUUCUUUUGAUUAACAGCUUCCUUGCAAGGUUAGUUUUUGCUUCCCAAUGAAUGAUGAUGACUCUGUACCAUCUUCACCUGAUUAAAAUUAGCAUGUUACUGUCUCCAUUUUCGGUCAAUUUCCUAUGCUUAUGGAUUUCAUUCCUUAUGCAGAUGUUGUAUUCAUAUGAGUUAGGCAUUGCUUGUUUGGUCGAUAAGCUGGUACACUCUACACUGGUGAUACUUAUGUAGAAAUCAGUACUGACUUUUUGAAUAGUGAGUAUUUACUGGUUGGCACAUGUUAAAUAAAGUGGGUGCUACCUUGUUUCAAAUGGUUUAGCUCUGUAGGGUUUUAACUAGUGGUUCAGGUGGAGGUUUGGGCUGAUAUUAUAGGCGAACAGAGUUCCUUUGAUGUAUGUUAGGGUUUAGGUGUAAAUGACAUUGAUUAGCAAAUCAACAAGUUGUUUGCAGAAGAAAAUAAACCUGAAUGGAACUGAAUGAGCAUGAACUUCUGUAACUGCGUUGAAUGGUUUGCAGUGAUGACUUUAUUUUUCAUGGAACAUGCUUCUCCC